CUUAGACCAUACAAUACUUAUAUACAACUUCACCACGCUCCCCCCAUCCUCGUCCUCUUCCUCUUUCUCUCUCUAAAAGAUAACAGAGCUGAUCUGAUCGCUUCCUCUUUCGUCCAAUGGCGGAGCCGCAACCUGAGAAAACCCUAACCCUUUCCGAGGAAUAUGCAUUAGAGAAAGAAGAUAAGGUGGCUGUGGAUACAAAACCUGUAGAAGUAAAAGAGGUUGAAAACCCAGGGAAUGCUGCUUCUGAGGAAGUAGUCGCUGAGAAAGAUGAGGAACCACCAGCUGCAGCCCCCAAGGAAAGCACUGAAGUUCCUGCUCCUGCUGCUGCUGAAGAAAGCAGUGAAUCUGCCCCUUCAGCAGUUGUUGGUGGAGAAAGCUCUGGAGACAGCGCUGAUGCAGUUGAAACCAGCUACGAAACUGCUGCCGAGGCUGAAAACUCGAGUGAGCAAGAAGCUGUAGAAGAAGAGGCACCGGAGAUUAAGCUUGAGACAGCACCAGCAGAUUUCCGUUUCCCCACUACAAAUCAAACCAGGCAUUGCUUUACCCGAUACGUAGAGUAUCAUCGAUGCGUAGCUGCGAAAGGUGAAGAUGCUCCAGAGUGUGAUAAGUUUCAGAAAUAUUAUCGUUCUCUUUGCCCUGGUGAAUGGGUCGAGCGAUGGAAUGAGCAAAGGGAGAAUGGAACCUUCCCAGGUCCUCUGUAGACAGCGGCUGUUUAAAAAGUAUUUGUAUGCCAUGUGCUCUGCUUUUAUGCCCGAGUUGGGUAUUCUGGUAGAUGAACUUCUGUGAUGAGAAUUGAACUCUCAGGGAAUUUCUUAAACAAUGAGCUAAUAAGAAAUUUGGCUUGUUUUUUGAUACAGAUAAUUUAUUGCUGCAUAAAGGCCAUUUAUAUUGACAUCGAAUUGGGGAAGCUUUUCUUGUGACAUUUUUCUGUUUUAUACAUGUGCAACAGUCAUUUGUUA